AUGGGACUGCCGGUGAGGAGGGAGAGGGACGCGGAGGCGGAGCUGAACCUGCCGCCGGGGUUCCGGUUCCACCCCACCGACGACGAGCUGGUGGAGCACUACUUGUGCCGGAAGGCGGCGGGGCAGCGCCUCCCGGUGCCCAUCAUCGCGGAGGUGGACCUCUACAAGUUCGACCCCUGGGACCUGCCGGAGCGCGCGCUAUUCGGGGUCAGGGAGUGGUACUUCUUCACGCCCAGGGACCGCAAGUACCCCAACGGAUCCCGCCCCAACCGCGCCGCCGGGAACGGCUACUGGAAGGCCACCGGCGCCGACAAGCCCGUCGUGCCGCGGGGCCGCACGCUCGGGAUCAAGAAGGCGCUCGUCUUCUACGCCGGGAAGGCGCCGCGCGGGGUCAAGACGGACUGGAUCAUGCACGAGUACAGGCUCGCGGACGCCGGCCGCGCCGCCGCCGCCAAGAAGGGAUCGCUAAGGCUGGAUGACUGGGUGUUGUGCCGCCUGUACAACAAGAAGAACGAGUGGGAGAAGUUGCAGCUGGGGAAGGAGUCCGCCGCCGGCGUCGGCACAACCAAGGAGGAGGCGAUGGACAUGACCACCUCGCACUCGCAGUCGCACCUCGCACUCGCACUCGUGGGGCGAGACGCGCACGCCGGAGUCGGAGAUCGCGGACAACGAACCGUUCCCGGAGCUGGACUCGUUCCCGGCGUUCCAGGACCCGGCGGCGGCGAUGAUGAUGGUGCCCAAGAAGGAGCAGGUGGACGACGGCAGCGCCGCCGCCAACGCCACCAAGAGCAGCGACCUGUUCGUGGACCUCAGCUACGACGACAUCCAGGGCAUGUACAGCGGCCUCGACAUGCUGCCGCCGCCCGGGGAGGACUUCUACUCCUCGCUCUUCGCGUCGCCCAGGGUCAAGGGGAACCAGCCCGCCGGAGCCGCCGGGUUGGGACCCUUCUGAGUUGA